GCCAUUCGGCUUGGUUGGUGCUGACUCCGACUGUCAAAAUCUCUUAUCAUAUGCAAAUUCCGAUAGAAUAGAUAUCUCCAUGGAUACAGCAUAUCUCCCGAUUCGCUUGCUGCUGCGACCAGACCGGAUAACAACUCCGCAAAUGCUGCUGAUACAACUACGUGGUGUUUUUUACUGCAAACGUUUCCUGCAAAUAUGUGUUAAGGAAAGGUUGAGUUGUGAUUGUCGAGCACAGAGUACCCAACUUCCUCCUUCCUAGCAUCUUCUCGAUUGCAAUUUGAAAGAACAUAAGAGCGAAGCCGCAUUGAACUGUACAAUGGACAUAACUGACGUGCAAGAGCAAGAAGUUUUGGCCGCACUAGCCCCACCCACUGAAGAACAACGUAGAAUUAAAUAUGAGGAACGAGAGUAUCAGACCUAUCUGUAUGAAUGUGCGCUACGGAAAAACGUUAUAAUUUGUCUCCCCACGGGAUGUGGGAAAACAUUCAUUGCUGUUCAGGCAAUCUCGCAUUAUCUGAAAGAGGCAAAUAAGAGUAACGGCAAGAAGAUCAUGUUUGUCGCAAACACUGUGCCUCUUGUGCAACAACAAGGACGAUACUUGAGAGAACACGUUGGAAAUGCACACUCAACGUCGAACGAAAUUGUUGGAAUUGUUACUGGUAAUAUGAGACCAGAAGACUGGGAUGGUAGCAAAUGGAAACAAAUAUUAUCCGAGCACAUUGUGUUUGCCAUGACGGAUCAAAUCCUUCGACAAGCUGUGGAGCGGGGACAUGUUAGAUGGGAGAAAGUGUCGCUUCUCGUUCUGGACGAGUGCCACAACGCGACCAAAAAUCAUCCCAUGGCGUCCCUAAUGGGGUUUUAUAAAAAGGAAUACAACAAUGGAAAACGGCCUGGAACUGACUUACCUCGAGUGAUUGGCUUAUCCGCAACGAUUGUGGUUGGAAAUAGAUAUGAAGUAGAUAAAAUUUCAGAUGACAUUUCUGAAAUAGAGAGCAAGCUAUGCUCUAAGGCCAUCACAUAUCACGAUUAUAAAGCAGUUUUGAGAUGUGGCACCCAAGCAAAUGUCACGCAUCUUUACUACACCCCCAUGCCUGAGUGGAAGAUAUGUGACAUGGAUAUUACGAUAACACUGUCAGACCUUUUAAAGGAUAUAAUGCAACAACUCGAGAUGAUGGAAGAGUUUCUUAUCCAGAAACCAGCCAUACCAAAAAAUUGUAUUGAUCAGGAAGGGUAUACCAACUUUUGGAAGCCGGAAAGCCCAAUAAAAGAUUUUGUGGGACAUAUUAAAGAUAUCGAAGACGUACUUUUAGAAAUGGGUCCAUUUUGUGCGGAAAAUGCUGUACUAUACAAAAUAGCAUAUAUACGCUACCUUGCAUACAAAGAAAAGCGAAGACCGAAAACUUCUGGUUUCGAUAAAACUUCGGGUCAAAAAAUCGUAUUGCAAUGGCUGGAACCGCAGCUUGAGUAUGUUGCACGGCAGCUAAAACACUUCAUGUUUUACGCGUCUCCUACGAAUGCCGAUGAAAGCUUUCAUGUUGUCAAUUUCAUUUCACCAAAGCUCAAACAGCUUAUCGAAGUAUUAAGGACAAAAAGGCCAGAUGUAGCUGAAACCAAGGAUUUUUGUGGCAUCGUGUUUUGUCAGAAGCGAAUUACAACGCAAAUGUUGUGUUACUUUUUACAGGAUCUUAGCAAAUACUGCCCUGCUCAAUAUGGCUUCCUCAAUUGUUCGUUUACUCUGGGAACUUCCGGAAGUAAUAAUGGAAUCAUUCAGUCAGUGGCAUUACGAAAGCAGACAGAGGUUUUAGAAAAUUUUCAUCAAAAGCGGAUCAACAUUCUAGCAGCGACUAAGGUUUUAGAGGAGGGAUUGGACGUGCCAAGCUGUAACUUCAUUUGUCGCUAUGACCCAAUUCUGACCUAUCCGUCGUAUGUUCAAUCAAUGGGCCGUGCUAGACAACGAGGGGCCGAUUUUUUCACCCUUGUGCCAAAAACUUCAGCAAAGGAAGAAGUGAAUAAAUUGGAACAGUACGCCAGGGUCAGCGAUUCAUUAAGCAAAGUCCUGAUAAACCAGGCGGAACUACCAGAGAAAUAUUAUGAACCUGAAGAUAAUGCAGAAUUAAACCAGAUAAUUCCACCAUUUGUCCCUUCCAAUGGACCACAGAUGAUUACUGCAGGUUCGUCAACUCAAAUAGUCUACAGAUAUUGCGAGGAUUUAUGUACUGACAAACUUUCAACGCUGACUCCAUACGCCAAAUGGAUUAGAAAUGAUAAGGGGGAGUUCAAAGUUAAUGUUCAACUGCCUCCAAGCUCGUGUGUUAAGUUCGCAGAGAGUGAUUGGUACCCCAAUAAAUCGAUCGCGAAAAAAGCAGCAUUUUUAGAAGUCUGCAAAAAACUCUAUUAUGCUGGAGCACUGCAUCCGGACACGUUACUUCCAAUUCCGCGAUUUGUUCCCACACAUUUGUGCGACUUUAUUGACAACUUGGAGGACACAUUGGAGGUGCCCAAAGAAGGAAAGAAAAUUGGGUCGAAAAAUAGUACCAAGUGGUACAAUAAAAUGAUUCCUCAGGAAUUUCUAAAGUCGGAAAAAAAGGACCUUUCUGUUUAUCUUAUCGACAUCAGAGUGGAAGAACAUUACACGACGGAUGAGGAUAUUCAGUCACUCUAUAUUUUUGAUAAUCAGCAUUUCUUUUUCGGAAUUAUCACGGCAGCGGAUUUGAGUAAAGUACCAGACUUUCUCUUGUUUUCUAGAGAUGGAAACUUCCGCGUGCAUCUUAGAAAAAUUGAAAUUUAUGAGGGCGGAAUUGCUAUGAACAUUUCAGGCGAUAAGCUUGAAAAAGUUAAAAUAUUCCAAAACUUAUUGUUUUGCGAUGAUCCAGAAUUAUUACAUUUUACCAAUCUUGUUUUUUCUGAUGCUGUUGAGAAUCCGUAUUAUAUUGCUCCGCUUCAGAGAAACGAACGAGACAAUAUGGAAUUGGCGUUACGUAUUAUUACCCGUAUGGAAAACGGACAAAGUGUCAACUACAGGGAAGAAAUAUCUAUGGCCGACCGCAGGGAAAAAUUAUUUGUACCAGAAAACUUUACUAAUGCAUUAGUCAUUCCCAGUUAUUCUCCAAGUCAUCAUGAGCGGCAGAAGUAUUGUAUGCUGUCUUUGGAUCCUUUCCGUAGUUCAAAGUCUGCAUUCGACUCUCCAAAGUUUGAUAGUUUUGUAACAUAUUAUAAAGAAAAACAUGGGAUUGUCAUCGUUAACAAAGAUGACCCAUUAUUAAAAGCGAAGCCAAUUUCCAAACAAUUGAAUUACUUAGUAGCAAAAUACGAUUCUUGGAAGAUGACUGCGGAAGAAAGGCGAGAUGGGAAACAUUCGUCAUCUAUUGUGUUUCUAAUUGCGGAAUUGAUGAGAACUCAUCCUUUGCCUGCGACCUUAUUCGUCCAAUCAAAGCUGCUUCCCUCUUGCAUGCAUCGCAUCUUUAGACUCCUCCUUGCUCACGACAUUCAAUCCUCGGUGAAGAAUUUUCUUCAAAUGCGCGACGACGAUUUGACGCUCUUCAACAAGCAACGACACGAGGAAGAGUUGCAAAAUUUAAACCAGACUACCAAGGAGAGAGCGAUUUCCUCAAUGAAUCUUGAGAAAAUGAUACCCGACCUUGUUAAAUCAUGUGAUGAAAAUGUAAUCAAACAAAACUCAGAUAAAUCUAAAUUCCCUCAAGACGAAAUGACACUGUAUUCUUUGAAAAGAAAAUUACUCUGGGUUGAGAUCGAAUAUAUUCAUCCCAAAAAUAUAAAACGCACUGAUUUAGAGGAUCCAUAUCCAAGCGAUGAUGAUGAUGAAGAAAUGACUGAGAUUUUCGGUCAUCCAGCAGAUUCCCUUUCUACUAGAACUGGCAUAGAAUUAAUUCCAACCAGUCAAGUUCCUUUAACAAAUUUUGAUGCAUAUAAUGAUGCUCCAGAGCAACCUCUGCUAACUUCGAUUAUGGAGGCAAUAACGUUAGCAAAUGGGCGAGAUCUUCAAGAUCUGGAAAAAUUGGAAUUGAUUGGGGACUCUGUCCUCAAACUAGUAGUGACUCUCCAUAUCUUUACUCAUUUUUAUCAGUUUCACGAGGGUCAAUUGACAGGUCUCCGAACUAAACUCAUCAGCAAUAAGCAUCUCUACUCCAUUGGAAGCAAGAAAAAUCUUGGAGAAUUCUUGGCUGGUGGGUUAUUCGAACCUGAAAGUACUUGGCUUCCGCCUGGGAAAACUAUUCCUCCUAAGCUGAUAAAAAUGGCUGUUAAGAACGAGGUAAAUUACAACAUCUUUCGACUUGCCAACCGCAAUACUAGUAAAGUGAUGGAUGACCACUCGUUCAUUUCCACAAUUACGGAUGAGGAGUUAAGUGAGAUUGUGAAAGAUCGGGCAGAGAACUGCAAAAGAGAGAUCCAAGAGCUGGGACCCACCCACACUUCGUACACCCACUCACGACUUGGAGACAAGAGUAUCGCAGACUGUGUUGAAGCUCUUAUUGGUGCGUAUUACUUGUCCGGUGGGAUCUCUGGUGCUUUGAACCUGAUGAAUUGGAUUGGACUUCGAGCUCCAACCAACGAAAAACCUGUGAACAAAAUUAUGUAUCAAAAUAUCAAAGAUUUGCCUCGUCUUAAUAAUGUGUACCCCAAGGAAUCGCAAAAUUUGAUUUAUAGCCCUUUGGUGGAUCACUUGGAACUAAUGCUGGAGUACAGGUUCAAAAAUAAAUGGAUCAUUGUGGAAGCUUUUACACAUCCUUCUUACACGCAUAAUGGCUCAACAAAUGCAUAUCAACGCUUGGAAUUCUUGGGAGAUGCUGUGUUAGAUUUCCUCGUGACACAUCAUAUAUACAAUACCCAAAAUAAAGUAACUGCGGGUUCGUUGACUGAUCUGCGAUCGGCCCUAGUAAACAAUGUUACGUUUGGGUCUCAAGCAGUGCGUUAUGGCUUUCACAAGUUGCUGCUCCAAUUCUCUCCUAGACUGCAAGAGAGUAUUGAUAAAUUUGUAAAUUUUCAAGAGAGGAACAAUCAUGUGGUUUCAGGUUCUUUUGAACUACUGACAGACAACGAUUGUGUGAUGGCCGAAGACAUUGACGUUCCAAAGCCACUUGGGGACAUCUUUGAGUCAUUGGCCGGUGCAGUAUUUAUAGACUCUGGAAUGAGCUUGGAUACCGUGUGGAAAGUUUUCUAUCGACUCAUGAAAAAUGAAAUUGAUAUAUUUUCUAACAAGAUUCCUCGUCAGCCCAUUAGACAACUCCAUGAAGAAUUUCCUAGAGGAAUUGAGUUUACUGUUGUUUCAGAAGAUACUACCGCACCAAAAUUUGUUGUUGAGCUGAACAUUGCUCGACGCAAAAAAUUUUAUGGAUGCGGAUUGACAAAAAAAAGUGCAAAGAAUGCAGCAGCAAAAUUUGCUAUGAAACAAAUACAUGAAGAGAGGAAACGCAAAUGUUAUAUGCAAGCUCAAUUUUAAGUCGUUUUGUUAUUUACUUGAAAAUGAAAAAAUAUGACGUCCAUAAUGUAUUGCAUACACAAGUACAUAUCUUACACUACAUGUAAUAACAAGUUAGUUUUAUAAAAAUUAAUACUGACAUUCGGAAAUAAGGUUAUAAAGAUUGUGACGAUUUCUACACAUUCCUAAAAUAAAAAUUCAUAGAUACAGAAAAAA